CCUCUGCUGACGUCUUAUUUAGAAGAGCUGCGCGGCGCGUCUUAGCAGGUGACUCGGGCUGGUUGCCACUCCAGCGCUCAGGCGCCUGCUGACCUUGGCCUCCGGCCGGUGUGGCCUCCCCUGACAGCGCAAGGCGCCAGAAUAUCUCCCCUUGGAGGAUCUAUCUCUUGCCACAACCUGUAUUCCCAGUACCCCUAGGACAUCUCAGCGCAAACCAAGAACUUCAGUGUCACCUGGACUCGGGUUCAAGAUCCAGCUCUUUCCCCUUCUUGGGAAUUGGGGUGCUGAUGCUGGUUUGUGGAAGAAGAUUGCUCACAGCUCUGCUGCAGGCUCGGAGGUGGCCCUUUCAACCCUCUAGAGACAUGAGGCUGGUACAGUUCCAGGCACCCCACCUGACAGGACCUCAUCUGGGCCUGGAGUCAGGGAAUGGUGGGGGUGUCAUCAACCUCAGUGCCUUCGACCCCACACUGCCCAAGACAAUGUUGGAGUUCCUGGAGCAGGGAGAGGCCGCUCUCUCGGUGGCAAGAAGAGCCCUGGCUGCCCAGUUGCCAGUCCUACCACGGUCAGAGGUGACAAUCCUGGCCCCAGUCACACGGCCAGACAAGGUGGUGUGCGUGGGCAUGAACUACAUGGACCACUGCAAAGAGCAGAAUGUGCCGGUGCCCAAGGAGCCCAUCAUCUUCAGCAAGUUUGGCAGCUCCAUCGUGGGCCCCUACGAUGAGAUCGUGCUCCCACCUGAGAGCCAGGAGGUGGACUGGGAGGUGGAGCUGGCCGUGGUCAUUGGAAAGAAGGGCAAGCACAUCAAGGCUGCAGAUGCCAUGGCCCAUGUGGCUGGCUUCACUGUGGCACAUGACGUGAGUGCUCGUGACUGGCAAAUGACACGCAAUGGAAAGCAGUGGCUGCUGGGAAAAACCUUUGACACCUUCUGCCCCCUGGGCCCUGCCUUGGUGACCAAGGACAGUGUAGCAGACCCACACAACUUAAAGAUCUGCUGCCGCGUGAAUGGGAACGUGGUCCAGAGCAGCAAUACUAACCAGAUGGUGUUUAAGACAGAAGAGCUGAUAGCCUGGGUCUCCCGAUUUGUCACUGUCUAUCCAGGAGACGUCAUCCUGACUGGGACCCCCGCAGGAGUUGGUGUAUUCAGGAAACCUCCUAUCUUCCUCAAGAAGGGUGAUGAAGUCCAGUGUGAGAUUGAGGAACUGGGUGUCAUCGUCAACAAGGUGGUAUGAUGGCCUCUGCUGCCAGCGUGGACUUAUGAUGAGGUGGGGGCAUGUGUUCCCAUGGAGCUGAGCACAGGGAGAGGCCUGGUGCCGCCCCCGAGGAUGCUUCUUCCUCAAUAAACUUUUAUUUUCUGUC